AUGCUUAGAGCUAUCAGAACGCCUCGUGCCACCGUGCAGAGCGCCAUGGCCAGAAAUUUGACCAGAACCAUGGCCAGAAAUUCCAGAUUUGGUCAGGUUUGCCUUGCUCGUGGCCUCGCUACAGACUCAUUCUUGCAAUCCAACAACACCAACUAUGUUGAGGAGAUGUACGAAGCUUGGAAGCACGACCCAAGCUCCGUCCACGUGUCGUGGAACGCCUACUUCCGUAACUUGGAUUCCGGUGCUGCUCCUUCCUCUGCCUUUGUUGCACCUCCAACUUUGGUUCCAACUCCCGCCGGAGGUGCCGGUGUUGGCUUCACCCCUGGCGCAACUCCACACACUGAGGACGUUGUCACUCACUUGAAGGUUCAGCUUCUUGUUCGUGCGUACCAAGUGCGUGGUCACCAGAAAGCUCGUAUCGAUCCAUUGGACAUUUCCUUUGGUGACCUGGGUAAAAUUCCUAAGGAAUUGACCUUGGAACACUACGGUUUCACUGAGGCCGACAUGAACAAAAAGAUCACCCUUGGUCCUGGUAUCUUACCCCGCUUCAUGGGUGAUGGCAAAACCACCAUGACCUUGCGUGAGAUCAUCGAUGCCUGUGAGAACUUGUACUGUUCUUCUUACGGUGUUGAAUACAUUCAUAUUCCAUCCAAGGAGCAGUGUGAUUGGUUGAGAGAGAGAAUUGAGAUCCCAACUCCUUUCAAGUACUCGGUCGACCAAAAGAGACAGAUUUUGGACCGUUUGAUUUGGGCCACCUCUUUCGAGUCUUUCUUGGCUACCAAGUUCCCUAACGACAAGCGUUUCGGUCUUGAGGGUGCUGAGGCUGUUGUUCCAGGUAUGAAGGCCAUGAUUGAUACCUCCGUCGAGCACGGAAUUGAGGAUGUCGUUAUUGGUAUGCCUCACAGAGGUAGAUUGAACAUGUUGUCUAAUGUUGUCCGUAAGCCUAACGAGUCUAUCUUCUUCGAGUUCACUGGAUCCAAGGAGUUCGACGAGGGCUCGGGUGAUGUUAAGUACCACUUGGGUAUGAACUACAACAGACCAACCACCUCUGGUAAGCACGUGAACUUGUCUCUUGUGGCUAACCCAUCCCACUUGGAGGCUGAAGAUGGUGUUGUUUUGGGUAAGACCAGAGCCAUCCAGCAGUACAAGAACGACAUCAGCGAGCACAAGAAAGCUAUGUCCAUCUUGUUGCAUGGUGAUGCCGCUUUUGCUGGCCAGGGUGUGGUUUACGAGACGAUGGGAUUCGCCAAUUUGCCAGCCUACUCUACUGGUGGUACUAUCCACAUUAUCAUCAACAACCAGAUUGGUUUCACUACUGAUCCACGUUUUGCCAGAUCUACUUUGUACCCAUCUGACAUUGCUAAGUCCAUCAAUGCCCCAAUCUUCCAUGUCAAUGCUGAUGACAUCGAGGCAGUCACCUUCGUCUUCAACUUGGCUGCUGAAUGGAGAGCCACUUUCCACUCUGACGUUAUCAUCGAUGUUGUUGGUUACAGAAAGCAUGGUCACAAUGAAACUGACCAGCCCGCAUUCACUCAGCCAUUGAUGUACCAAAGAAUUGCUGAGAAGAAGAGCAUCAUUGACUACUACACUAAGCAGUUGAUCGAAGAGGGUACUUUCUCUAAGGAAGACAUCGAAGAGCACAAGAAGUGGGUCUGGGGACUUUUAGAGGAGUCCUUCAGCAAGUCCAAGGAAUACGAGCCCACUUCUAGAGAGUGGUUGACCACUCCAUGGGAGGACUUCAAGUCGCCAAAGGAGUUGGCAACUGAGGUUUUGCCUCACCUUCCUACUGCUGUUGACGAAGCAACCUUGAAGAAGAUUGGUGAUGACAUUUCCCAGGCUCCAAAGGGUUUCGAGGUUCACAGAAACUUGAAGCGUAUUUUGAACACCAGAAUGAAGUCUGUGAACUCUGGUGAGGGUAUUGAUUGGGCCACCGGUGAGGCUUUGGCCUUUGGUUCUCUUUUGUUGGAAGGUUACCACGUCAGAGUUUCAGGUCAGGAUGUUGAGAGAGGUACUUUCUCUCAGCGUCACGCUGUCUUGCACGACCAGAACUCCGAGCUGAUUUACACUCCAUUGGAGCACUUGUCCGAGGAUCAGGGUGCCUUCACUAUCUCUAACUCUUCGUUGUCUGAGUACGGUGUCAUGGGCUUUGAAUACGGUUACUCAUUGUUCUCCCCAGACGCAUUCGUGAUGUGGGAAGCUCAGUUCGGUGACUUUGCCAACACUGCUCAGGUCGUUAUCGAUCAGUUCAUUUCCGGUGCGGAAUCUAAGUGGAAGCAGAGAUCUGGCCUUAUGUUGUCGUUGCCACAUGGUUAUGAUGGUCAGGGUCCAGAACACUCUUCUGGUAGACUUGAGAGAUACUUGCAACUGUGUAACGAAGACCAACGUUACUUCCCAUCUCCAGAGAAGCUUGAGAGACAGCACCAGGACUGUAACAUGCAAGUUACUUACCCAACUACUCCAGCCAACUUGUUCCACUUGAUGCGUCGUCAAAUGCACAGACAGUUCAGAAAGCCAUUGAUCAACUUUUUCUCCAAGUCUUUGUUGAGACACCCAUUGGCCAGAUCCGAGUUGUCUGAGUUUACCGGUGACACUCACUUUGAGUGGAUCAUCGAUGACCGUGACUUGGGCAAGACUAUCCACAACAGAGAGGACAUCAAGCGUGUCGUUCUUUGUUCUGGUCAAGUCUUCACUGCUUUGCAUAAGAAGCGUGCUAACAUCGAGGACAAGAACACUGCUAUCAUUAGAGUCGAACAAUUGCAUCCAUUCCCAUUUGCUCAAUUGAGAGAUGCCUUGAACUCGUACACUAGCCUUGAGGACAUUGUUUGGUGUCAGGAGGAGCCAUUGAAUAUGGGAGCUUACUCUUUUGCUGCUCCACGUCUUGCAACCACCCUUGCUGAGACUGAGCACAAGGAUUUGACUGUCCGUUACGCUGGUAGAGAUCCAUCUGCUUCCGUCGCUGCUGGUUCCAAGGCUAUGCACACUGCCGAGGAGGAAGCUUUCUUGAACGAGGCCUUCCAGAGCUAA